CUCCAGCCCUUUGUUGUUGUUCUCACGCUAAUGUGCGAGAUCCGUAGACCAGACUCAACUGCGCGGUCACAUUCCGCCCCGACUUCCCUUCUGCCAGCGGCCUGGUGGUUUGAGAUGAGUAGAAGAUGUCGGUUUCGGGUCUGAAGGCCGAAUUGAAGUUUUUGGAGUCCAUUUUUGACCCAAACCACGAACGAUUCAGAAUAAUAGACUGGAAACCAGACGAACUCAGUUGCCAAUUCAACGUAACAGGAGAGAAGCCGCUGAUCAUUCACUGCAACAUCACGGAAUCUUAUCCCUCAACACCCCCAAUAUGGUUUGUUGACUCCGAUGAUCCGAGUCUGGCCGAAGUGUUGGAGCGCUUAGAGGAUGUGAGAAAAGGCAGCACAUUGCUCCUUCAGCAGUUGAAGCGCCUCAUCUGUGAUCUCUGUCGGCUUUACAACCUGCCACAACAUCCAGAUGUGGAAAUGCUCGACCAGCCUCUGCCCACUGGACCGAUUACCCAAGAGCGAAAGCAUGGGCCGUCAGAUGAGGUGACAUCUGAAGAGGAGGAAGAGGAAGAAAUGGGAGAGCAGGACAUUGACCUGGACCAAGACCUGGACCAUUACGACAUGAAAGAAGAGGAGCCAGUUGAUGGGAAGAAGUCAGAAGAUGACGGGAUAGAAAAAGAAAAUCUGGCCAUCUUGGAGAAGAUUCGUAAGAACCAGAGGCAGGAUCACUUGAAUGGUGCAGUGUCUGGCUCUGUGCAAGCCUCAGACCGCCUCAUGAAGGAACUCAGGGAGAUCUACAGAUCACAGAGUUACAAGACAGGUAUUUAUUCAUGUGAACUAGUCGGUGACAGCCUUUAUGAAUGGCACGUCAAGUUAAGGAUGGUAGACCCAGAUAGUCCGUUACAUAGUGACAUGCAGGUCUUAAAAGAAAAAGAAGGAGUGGACUACAUUCUGCUCGAUUUCUCUUAUAAAGAUAAUUUUCCUUUUGACCCACCUUUUGUCCGGGUUGUGUCCCCUGUGCUCUCCGGAGGUUAUGUUCUAGGAGGAGGGGCCUUGUGCAUGGAGCUUCUCACAAAACAGGGCUGGAGCAGUGCCUAUUCCAUAGAAUCUGUCAUUAUGCAGAUAAAUGCAACUUUGGUGAAAGGAAAAGCCAGGGUGCAGUUUGGAGCCAAUAAGAACCAGUACAAUCUUGCCAGAGCACAACAAUCGUACAAAUCCCUUGUGCAGAUUCAUGAAAAGAAUGGCUGGUACACACCACCUAAAGAGGACGGAUAAGGAGCUGCUACUACUAUGCACUGGGAACAUGUCUUUGGGUCAAAGUAUCUUGUUUUCUUUGGAAUCCCCCCCCCCCUCACCCCCCCUCUGACUGAACUGGGAAUAUAUCAUCUUCCUGGCGGAAACCAUCUUGUUGGCUCAUCUGACAAGUGUUCCUUCGCCGCGGUCCAGUAAAGACUUAAUUCUGGUGUCACUUUGCUUCUCCCCUCAGUGUUUUAGUAAGGAGGAGGACGUGAGGAUAUCACUAGUCCUUCUAAAUAUGCUCAUUUGUCUUUAAAAAAAACAUUUCUCCCUUUAAUUUUGGGGAAGUGCUUUUUCUUUAGCUGCUUUGACAAAGUGGGCUUCACGACGAGUCGGUUCCCCCUCUAGAUGGGAAUUUUAACGGAAGUCUGAUACUGAAGCUCUCGAUGUGGCGCCUCCCUGCACCUGUUUUUGUCGGCCACAUUAUCCCCUUUUCUUCCUUUUGCAAACUAACUGGUACAUAAUUGCAAAUAUUAUAAAGAUAUUAUUCAGCUAUUGUUUUUAUUAUUUGAGCAUCCUAGACAAUAAAUAAAUUUCAUAUUUUGGAAGCUCAUCUUAAAACUGAGAUGAACUUCCACUCGGUGUCUUUUAGCUCUUACUUUUUAAAACAUAUGAAGAAUAUCGGGCUGAGCAGAAUUAAAAUGCUGGGAUGUUGUUGAACUAAGAUUAACUGUUGUCUGUGAACAAAUCCACCAGUAGUUGAUAAUAAAACAGGGCCAAUGGGCAUGAAAUAUCUCAGAAUCUCCAUGUUGCAUAUCUUGGGAGGAGAAAACAGAAAUAUUUUCACCAGAUGUUAAGAUGGCCGUUAAGUCGUCAUUUUAGAAGUUUUAACACGUCUAAAGAGCUUCUUUUUUGCCUCAUAUGUUACUCCAACAGUCCCGCAAGCGCUCAGUUUGGUUAUUGGUUGUUAUAUAGAUUAAAGCUGCAGAGGUUGAUGCUGAAAAUGACGCCCUGUGUGUGUAAACAGCAUAUUGCAAACGGGCCUUUUCUCAACCGCCGUUAUAAAAGGUAGUUUGAUUUCCAGCAGAAUCGCACUGGGAUCGGCUUUACAGAAGGAAUAAAUGAAAUUGUGUUUAGAUGUGUUUUGGAUUUUUUUCCCAUAAUAUCGCUCCAGUUUAGCAGCAAAUUAGUUUUUCAUAUCUUUUGACAUACAUGGGUUGUAGUGGUUUGCUCCCCCGGCCCAGUUUAGGUUUGAAACUGAUUCCCUGUUACGUGACGUCACGCGCAGCUGGCUUCAUCUCCUCUCUGCUGUUUUCGCAGUCAACAGCUUAAACAGCCACCAUUUGCAGGGCUUCCUUUGCCCCAACAAUGUACAUUCAGAAGUGAACUGAACCUCUCUGAUAUUGUACGUUUCAACUUUGACCAUGCAAUAUACAGCAGUAGUACUUCAUCACUGCUACUGUUCCCCAUACUGCAGGACACACCGUAUCUAUCAAUCUGUCGGCUCUUUUGCAGUUUAUUUGUUAACACUGUCUGCAAAAGUAUGUUGGAAUGGCAACUCAGGUAACAAACAAUACUUAGGAGGGGAAUCAGUACAUGUUGAGUUUGUGGAUUAAUUAACGCUCUGUACUGCUGACGUUUAGGCUUACACACACACACACUGAUCUGAUGUCAAAAACUGAUGAACUUUACAAUUAUAUGGGCCACGUGUUUCUUUUAAUUCAAGCAAUGUUAGCGGAAGGACUUUAGCAGAAAGAUGCCAUUUUAACAGGAUUGCAGUAGGAUGAUGACCACCCCAUGUAAUGAUGUCCCACUGUAGUAUUUAAUGCUUUGUUUUUGUUUUUGAUCCCAAAUACUGAAGUAGAUUUGAUUUCAGCAUCUGAUCUUUAAAUAUUCCUGAUACAUAAAAAAGCAUUUGCACAACUGGCAACAACGUGCCUGUAGAGGUCAAAUAUGUCAACAAACCCAUUCUGAGCUAAAUAUUUCAACAUCAGGAGAAAUCAUUUUUUUCUCAGCACGCAUCUCGUUGUUACACGUCUGAUGAAGCUGAGCGGCGACGAAUCGUCAGGUCUCAAUAACAAGAAGUGUCCUCAUCUAAAGGGCCGGGACUCCCGUCAGAUAUCAGGAGACCAUUCAGAGACAUUCACGCUUCUCAAACUGGGCUGUGUUUUGAAAAAUAUUAAUUUAUCUCAACUGUCAAUUUAUUUUUCCAACAAAACAUGAUCAAGUCUGGCACCGUUGGCCCGCUUUGGUUUUCUUUUAUUUCUCAUUUUCCAUUUGAAGAAAUUUUGACCAUGUACAGUAAUUUGUAAACUUGCAUCAAGUUUAUGAAUAAAGAAUUUUAAGAGUAUUGCUGUUUUACUGGUUUCCCUGUGUAUUCAUUUCACUGUUGCUUAAUGGAUUGCCGAUGUAUUGGGCCGAUGUUGAUAUUUUAUUUAAUGAAUAAAAUAAUUUACCGCUGUCA